AUGUCGACCGAUAGCAAUGCGCCUGAGUCGCAAUUCCAGAAGGUUGGAGACCUGGUAGAGUGUGAUGAUGACACCGGCGUCAUGCAGGUCGAGAGCCUAUGUAUGAACUGCCACGAGAAUGGAACUACUCGCUUGCUUCUCCCCCGUGUGCCCUUCUUCCGUGAUAUUAUCCUCGAGUCCUUUGAGUGUCCACACUGUUUUUUCAAGGAUAAUUCCCUCAAAUCUGCAGGCCAGAUCCAGGAACUUGGAAGCAAAUACACCCUAGAAGUUGAGGCUCCAUUGGUCUUUUCGCAUGAACUAAAUGUUUAUCGUCACUGUGGUGCAAUGUGGCACCCUGGGCUCGCGAAGAAAUGGGACCGCUUCUCUGCGCGGCUUGAGAAGGCUAUCAACGGUGGACUCAAGUUUGUGAUCACUCUAGUGGAUCCGCUGGCAAACAGCUACGUGCAGGAUCUCCGUGCACCCGCGCCCGACCCGCAGCUCACGGUUGAGGAGUAUACUCGCACCGAGGAGGAGGAGGAUGACCUUGGGCUGAAGGAUAUGAAGACUGAAGGGUAUGAAGAUGGUGUACAGGAGAACCAGAAGGGCAAACCGAAGAGAACGAUGAUGAAGAGAAGCAAAGGGCAGCAUCCGCCAUGGAUGACUUGCUUGAUGCUUCUAUGA